CCAAAUCCUGCAUUUCCCGCCAUAAAAACCCACCAUUAACGAAAAAGCUUCUCCAAGAAACAGAGCAAAUUUAGAGUCAGCAAAAAACAGAAAAUGGGGAAAGAGAAGCAGUUUUGGCUGCUGAAGACAGAGGUAGGAGAGUGGUCAUGGGAUGACCAAGCAGCCAACGGAGGCUUAUCAAACUGGGACGGAGUGAAGAACAAACAAGCCCAGAAGAACCUCAAGUCCAUGCGCCUCGGCGACCUCUGCUUCUUCUACCACUCCGGUCCCAAAGCCCGCCGCAUCGUCGGCGUAGUCUCCGUCGUCCGAGAAUGGUACGAAGACGGUGGUGGUGGUGCGGUGGAUGUGAGGGCGGUGGGGGAGAUGAAGAGGUCGGUGGACCUGAAGGAGUUGAAAGGAGAUGAUGGGUUGAAGGGUUUUGGUCUGUUCAGGCAGCCCAGAUUGUCGGUUGUGCCGGUUCCGAAUGAUAUGUGGGAUCGGAUUUGUGAAUUGGGUGGUGGGUUUGGAGAGUCUGAUGAUGAGGAGGAUGAUGGAGGUGAUGAAGAUGAGAGUUAGACGACUGGUCUGCUUUGUUUGUAAAAUGCUUACCAGGUGUUUGUGUUUUUGUCUCAGAAAGAAAUGCUAAUCUACAGAUUGCCUUUUUUGGGGAUUUUAGUACUAUGUAUGGGGCAUAUAUAUGUGCAUUACUAAUGGGUACUUGUUUUGUAUAAAUCCUGGAUCUUUUACUUGGGUUUAGUGAGGAUUGAUGGUGGUGGUGGUGAAGAUUAGGGAUUGGUGGCCUUUUGGUUUUGUUGUAAGUGCUCAACAGUUGCUUGUGUUUUUGUUGCACAGAGACAUUUACUAAUCUAUAGAGAGUCCUGGGGAUUUUCUCUACAUGAGUACGGUUUUGUACAUGAUGAGGGCCUCUUUCUAUUAGUUAAAUUUUGCAUCUGAUAUUUGCAAGA